UUUCAAUAGUUACAUGCGUAUGGAAUUUAAUUCUGGAAAUAGUGAAGUAAUUUUGUCAGGAGACAAGUAUGCCAACAUUCUAACAGUGUGCGUGCGAGUAGCCUAAGUCGGUACACGGUAGUGAAGCUGACAAGUUGGCUAAACUCUGAAUUGCUCGGCUAGCUUCCACGUAGAGGAACUAUGCAUUAGCUUAGCUAGCUAUGCAUCGGCUAACUUACCUAGCCUGCUCAGCUUCAUCAAUCCAUUUCCGCCAACAGUAAUUUAGCUAGGUAACUAAUUUAGCAAACGUUGGCUAGCUCGAAUAACACCAACAUUGAUGAAAUUGCUUCUGUUUUAGCUAGGCUAGUGAGUUCUAAAGUCGAACUUGUUUGUUAAAACUUGGCUAAAUACUCGUCACUUAGCUGACAAAUGUUUGCAGUUUGAAGUUGCCAACAAAGUUGGUUCACUAACCCCAGGAACUCGUACACCUUCCCAGCUGUGAGGCUAACUGGCUAACAUGAUGUUACGCAUUACAUUCGGUCGACGUGCAGCCUGCUAGGUACCCAGCUGAGGUUACCUGUCAAAACACCCACCUGAAAACUGGGAGAAACCGCGUCUGCCUUAUUUUACUAGCCAACUUGUUAGCUAGCUAGUGGACUGUCUAUGAUAUCCGUGGUCGGGCCACAUUAGGUAGCUAAUCCGUUCGUUAGCUUAUGUUAGCUCAGGUCAAUUAAUUUGGCGAAUGUUAGCUAACAGUUAUCAGACUUCCUAGGCUACGCACCGUGGUUGCAUUUUAACUGUGGAAAGUUGGCAUACCAGCUGAAGUAACGUUAAGACCAGCAACAAGACGACGAAAUGGCCGCUUUGGUGGAUGGCGGUGGAGAGUUCCUUCAGAAGCGAAACGACAAUCCCGCCCAGGACCAGCAGACCUCCUCUCUGGCGCUGCUUGCGGCGACCUGCAGCCGGAUGGACGCCCCCGGGGAGGGGGAGGGCUCCGAGCAGCAGCCCCCCCACCAGGCCCUGGAGCUGGGGCAGGCUCAGCUGACCCACACCCCGCGCGGCUGGCAGAUCAUCCCUGUACCGCCGUCUUCCACCAGCUCCACCCCGCCUGCGCAGCCCACGCAGACGCAGACGCAGACGCAGACGCAGAUGCAGCAGUACGUGGUGACCACUCCAGCACUGGGGGGGCAGCAGGUCUUAGCGGCCCUGCCUGGGGGGGUGAUGCCCAGCGUUCAGUACCAGGUCAUCCCCCAGUUCCAGACCCUGGACGGGUCCCAGGUGCAGCUGGCCCAGACCGAUCUGACCGGAACCGGUCAGAUCCAGCUCCUCCCCUCCUCCGGAGUGGGCGGCGGCCAGCAGCUCAUCGCCACGGCGACCCGGGGGGUGGGUGCCGGGGGCGGUGGGGGGAACAUCCUGAUCCAGCAGGCCAUCCCGCUGCAGAACCUGGGCCUGAGCGGCGCGGUUCUGCAGCAGAACCAGAACCCGUUCCUGGCCAACGUUCCCGUGUCGCUGAACGGGAACAUCGCCCUGCUGCCUGUGAACAGCGCCACCGUGUCCUCCGCAGGCGGGACGGGGUACUACACCAGCGCCCCCACCAGCACCGUGCAGGCGGGCGGCCGGACCGCGGCAGGGGCCCGGCCCAAACCCACCAUCCAGCCCGACGGGAAGGUGCUGAUCCAGCCCCUCCCGGCCGCGCCCGCGCUGUCCCAGGAUUCCCUGCAGAUCCAGGCGCUGCAGGGCUCGACCCCCCUGGUCCUGCGCACCGUGGGGCCCAACGGGCAGGUCAGCUGGCAGCCCCUGCAGCUGCAGGCCGCCCCCGGGGCCUCUCUCACCCUGGCCCCCGUGUCCAUGCCAGGCCUGCCCCAGCUCGCCCAGGCCCCCGCCACCCUGCAGCUGCAGGGCCUGCAGACCAUCAACCUCAACACCCUGCAGGGAGUGCCCAUCACCCUCUCCCACACCACAGGAGAGCAGGGGCAGGGGGGUGGGGGCGGGGACGCUGUGGAUGACAGCUUUAUGGAGGAGGGCGGAGACACCAGCCCCCAGCAGCCAAUCCGGCGCUCCCGCAGAGAGGCCUGCAUCUGCCCCUACUGCAAGGACGGAGAAGGCCGUAGUGACCCCAGUCGGAAGAAGCAGCACAUCUGCCACAUUGCGGGCUGUGGGAAGGUGUACGGCAAGACGUCCCACCUGAGGGCCCACCUGCGCUGGCACACGGGCGAGCGGCCCUUCGUCUGCUCCUGGUCCUUCUGCGCCAAGCGCUUCACCCGCUCCGACGAGCUGCAGAGACACCGCAGGACACACACCGGAGAGAAGAAGUUCUCAUGCACAAUCUGUCCGAAGCGUUUCAUGCGUAGCGACCACCUGUCCAAGCACAUAAAGACCCACAGCAACAAGAAGGACACCAUGGCAACCACCGCAGGCCCCGCCCCCAGCCCCCUCCCCCUCAGUCAUCACCACGGACACCACUGCGGUCGCCACGGACACACAGACGGCCCCGCCCCCGAGCAGCACGGCCUCAUCACCAUGGAGACGCUGUCGGCAGAGGGGAUCGCCCGAUUGGCCGGCAGUGGGAUUAACGUCAUACACGUGGCCGACCUGCAGUCUGUCAACGGCAACGGCUUCUGAGGGGGGGGGGGUUAUGAGGGGGGGUUUGGACCUGCCAGGGAACUGACAAUGGGAGAGACACAGUGUGCUCUUAUGUCUACAUGACCCUCUGUCACCCUCAGGACC